AUUCUUUCUUGGUUAGUAAGCUCAGAGAUUGAAAGACAGAAAAGCACUUGCUUCUUGGUUAUUAUGGAUGCUACCGAUGAACCCACGACUCUACAGCAUAUUCUUCGCCUUCAUGAAGAUAGACCCGAUGUUAUUCGUAAAGUGAAAAGAGCGUUUCAGCUUCUAUACGAACGUAAGCCCGACAGUCAAACUCCGAAAGCUGUCUUUCUCCAAUCACUGCUAACCAUUCUGGAGAACUGUGGUGAUUUUGCCAUUCAAACGGGAGUCGUGCAACUCAUAUUGGCCAAGGAGGACGUGAAUGAGUACAAGGAAUGGUUUGCUCAGCAGUGGUUUGCUGGUAUGCCCAAAACUAUUAGCGACUUUAUUGCUUUAGUACACAGAGGAGAAGAUCAGACAAUAUCGAACAUCUCCAACUUUAUAAUGACAUUUAACAUGGAACGACCAUUGGAGUAUGUUUGCUCUAUGCCUAUCUGUAAUGUGAAGUGGAAUAAAGUUCCAAUUCCACAAUCUAGAAGAGGAAGACUCAUAGUUCAUUUGAAUUGUGGAACGCUGACAUUAAGUAUCACUGGUGCUGACCUGUGUCUCCCUAAAGAACUUGCCACAAGAGGGUCAUUUUUUCUGAAGUGUAGUGAAGUGCAAUUUGGAGAAGUCUAUUCUUUGUUGGAUCCAUUUGAUACUGAAACAGUAAUGGUUUCAGUUAAGUCAUCAGUUGGCCAUCUUUUAUUUUUAUUGGACCCUCUUCCUUCUGAUGCACAAUGGCAAACAAUGCAAGAGUUUUUCCUUUAUAUCUUCAAGUUUCCACUUGAAUUCAAAGAUGGGGCCAGCAGGUUGAACACCGGGGCCUUGAAUGAUAAUAUGAUAGCAGGGCAAAUUACACAACCUCCAGAAGUUUUGGCAAAUCCAGAGGAUAGGAAUAAUGCUGUUGAAUUGGUCCAAGAGCAACCUGUUAAAUCUUUAGUCUCAAGUAGUUCUCAAGAUCAUUAUUCUAUAAACUGCCUUGAGCCUAAGGUGUUGCCUAAUGAGGAGGACAUACAAAUGUGUGAUCAAUUUUCAAGGGAGUCUCAAAAUGAAUCCUCUAACUCAGCAGACCCAUUGCCUUCUAGGGAUGCAGUAGCGUUUGAACCAGUUAAUGAAGACUUGGCUGGGAAUAAUCAUGAUACAGUGGGAAGUACCUGUGAUGACCAGUCGAAGCCACGAACAACAAAGCGUCGUUCAUCAGUCCAGAACAAAGGAACUUCAAAGCAGAAGAUGAAGCUAGAAAUUGAAACGGAAAUGACACUUAGUAGUACUCAAGAUCUACCACCCAGGAGAGAAACAAGGAGUCUAAGUUUAAGCCGUAGCAGAGGGCAAGUGAAUUAUGCUGAAGAUGGUCCAUUCAAAACGCCCAAGCAAAAAAGAGGUGGAGGAGGAGGAAGAGGCAAAGGCAGAGGUGGCUCAACUAACAAAGCAGGUACAAUCACACAUCCUCAUAGUUCUUCAAAACAUGAAUAUCCUGCUUUGAAUGAAGCAAGUACAUCUGCCAUUUCACCUCCUGAGAAACACACUCAAGAAGCAUUGAAUGAAGCAUGUACAUCUGCCAUUUCACCUCCUGAGAAACACUCUCAAGAAGCUCAGCCAGCAUUUGCCCCCAUAAUGACUGUUGAUGUUUCCCAUUCUACUGAUUGCCCCAAGGUUCUCUCUAUGCCUACCUUAUGUACACCUUACGCAACUCCUCAGCAUGAAUUUUCUAACCAGGAUGAACUGAAAAUUGCCACUGUAACUGUCAACGGCGAGUCUCUGUCCCAGCCUAUUCUGAAAAGUCACGAAACUCUUCUUACUGAGUUCGAAGCAUGUGAGGCACUUCGGGCUGGGCCACCACCCGCCAUUCCACUAUAUGCCCCGUCAAACUUUUUCAGUGAAAGUUCACUACCGAAAAGUAUUGUGGGGGAAGACUACUGCUCCCCUCAAUCUAAGAAGUUUUGCAGUGAAUCAACAUUGAAUGACAUUGAAUCAGAUACAUCCCUUUUAGAGUCAGCUGUACAAUCAGCAGUACUUUUGCCAUCUGAUCAGUAUGCAAGUGUUCCUGUCAUGAGCUCGCCUGAGAAUCAGACAGUGACUGCAGAAAUUGAUGAUAAUAUGGAUCCACUGAAACUUGACGAAUGUACUGGAUCAUUUAAUUAAUUUAUUAGCUGCCAGCAUCUAUAGCACUAAAAUUAUGUGUUUACAUUUUUGUUUAUUUAUUUUACUAUUUUAAUAGGGUGUUGAAUUACUUCAUCCAAACUUAGCUUAUAACAAGUGUAUCUAUAUCCUGUAAAUUUGCUAUGGUGCAAAUUUGACACAUUACAAGAGAUUAUACAAAUUGUUAUUUUAAGUUCUUUAAAUGGCAUGUAUUAAACCAUUCUCGAUUUUGGCUCAAGAAUACAAUUAUAAUCUAUUUCAUCUGGUUAAAUAAGUAAUUUUCUGUUCAAUAAAAAUACAAUUUAUUCUUUAAAAAA